AUGAAACCGUGAAAUCCAUGAACCGCACGCAUUUCAGCAGAAUCCAACUUUUGAAGGCUUUUCAAAAUGGUCUCAACACGUAGCAAAACAGCUCAGUCCCGUAUCGAAGACUUCGCGGUCAAGAACAACGGCACAAGCGCAACAGUGAAGUCAUCUACGAAGGAUCAAUCCCAAAACUCUGGAAGGAAACGUGAAUCAGUCGAUGUUGCCUUGCUAGAACCUAAGCAUAAGCGGAUGAAAUCAGCACAGUCACAUUCAGAAGAAAGUGCAAUGUUGAAUGAAGAGGGCGACUCAAAACCAAUAAUCAUCAAUCGCGCGCCGGUCCUGCAGCUUUGGUCAGCUUCCGUGAUAAAUUCUACCUACCCUGGUCUAUCAUGGGAAACCUGUCUAAGUGUCGGCUCCGCUGUAUCAAGUAUUUGUGCAGUCGCAAAGGGUCGUUCAGUUGGUAAAAUGCCUAUUGCAAUCAAACUUUUGCUGAUUACACUGAAGUUAGGAAGGAAUGGAGUUAUCACUCCUUUAUCAAUUUACAGUCUUCAUGAAAGAAUUUCGACCAUAUGAUAUCAGUAUGCCUGGAACAUUGAUCAUAAAUCUUACCCUACGCAUUUAUUUCCGACAAGUUCACGCGCAAUGCCGGAGAACCUUUUUCACUAGACCUCAAUUUCGUAGUCAUCAUUGUUCCAUUCGGAUUAUACAUGUUGCUGGCUAUCCUGUGAUAGAGCGAACAUUGGCCCAUGUAUUUUUUCUCCAUUACUG